AUGGAACUCAAUAUAACAGAAAAUGUAAUGGCUUAUGAAAAAGUCAACACCUCCAAUAUAAACUUGUCCACCAAAAUUAGCCCUAACUGUGGAGCCAGCAAUGACUAUGAUGAUAUGGACUUUAAUGUCAGCCUACACAACAUCAGCUCUCUCAGCAUGUUAGUACCCAACAACAUGAGCAGCAACACCACAGUCCGUUACUAUGGUCUCAUCAAACAGCCAGUGGUCAUGCUGGUUGUGCUUACUGUGUCAUAUAGCAUCGUCUUCUUCUUAGCGUUGAUGGGCAACUUGAGCGUCGUACUUGUUGUUGCUAAGGACAAAAGCCUACACACAGCAACUAAUUUCCUGCUUGUCAAUAUGGCAGUUGCUGACAUGCUAAUGGCGAUAUUCUGUUUGCCCAUCACUCUCAUGUACAACAUCUUUAACGGUGAGUACAUUAUGUGUAUUUGCAGCUCUUAUUUUGUUGUUGUCACUUCUGCUGCUGUUUGA